AUGGCCCCUGAUCAAUUGUUGCCACGCAAAACACGUUUGGAGACAUCGUACGCGUUCUCUCGUACCUUCAAUUCCCGCAACAUGGAGUUUUAUUGGUACCCACUGUGGUGUCAGACACUCUUCGAUCUUGUGGCAGGUGUGCCAAAUUUGAUCGUGGCGCCUCAAUUUCCAGUUUGGAUUGUAGAGAAGAAUGACCAACUCGAAGGUGCAGACGAUGGUGAUGAUCCUGCAGAGGUAGAGGAGUUUGAAAGGACAGUACAGGGAGAGCAGGCUGCUGCAGGAGGCAUGCAAGUCCCCAGUAACAACGUCGAAGAAGAAGUCGGAGACUACGAGCCUGAAGUUGGGGCGGGAGAUAUCUCCUUCGCAUCGACCGUCCCAGAAAAGGCUGCUAAGAGCGUUCUGGUGGAUUUUGCGAUCGUCGGUCUUACAGCAGUGCCUCUGUCAGAGGAGAAGCGUCGCUAUGGAGGGUGGCGAAUUACUGUGGCAAAUGCUUGCCUUCUCGUGGAAGUGAAAAGGUUUGCGAGCAGGAGUCUGAAAGAUGACGAGCUGGAUGCGGACAUUAAGGUGCAUAUUGACGAGGCUAGGCUCGACCUGGUGGUACAAGCAGGAUAUCUUUUUCUCCAAGAUGAAACCAAAGAUUCCAUCAUGGCCAUCGCCGCUGCAGGUCCUUAUUGGAGCGGCGCCACAAUUCAUCGUAGCGACGUCGAGUUCACCAUGGACGUUCUGUCAAGCAAUGAUCCAAGCUAUCAACCCCCUGGUGAACAACUCUCUGACCGGGAGCCGAAGUGGAAUAAGAUUCUUCGCCUUGAUGGCGCAUCCUCCACGGUAGCUUCCGAAGCCCGCUUACGCACCAUUUGCAAGAAGAUGAGAGAAAUAGGAGAUCAAAAAAUGAAUGCUAAGUAG